UAGUUGAAAAUCUGUGCAAGUUUUACUGAUACAGAGUAUUAGAAGUGUUUCUGUGGCAGAUCAUUAACUUCAUUGAUGCACUAGAGAAAAAGUUCUCUGUAACGUUCUGAUGAGAGAUAUGGUGCAGUUUCUUUAAUUGGAAGACUUUAGUAACGGCUGUAAUGGAUAUAAGAAAACUGAAGAUGGUCCUUCAUCAGCAACUUUGAAGAAGAGCAGUUGGUGUUGUGUAAUAAUGACACUCUACUCUAUGGCGUAAUGACACAUUGUUUUCGUAUAUUUGAAGGGAAUAAACAUUUUUAAAGUCAUAGGUGCAGAGAGAAUACACAGUUUUUAUCUGAAAAUCGUAUAUAAACAAUGAAGCUGUUAUAUAUUACUCUUUCAAUUUCUUUGGUUUGUAUACCUGUGACUGCUGACAGACCAUGUGCUCCUCGAGAAUUUGGUUCAGGUAACAUAGUGUGUGUCUGCAACAUGACAUACUGUGAUACCAUAGCCAAGCUUUCUGCAGUGCCAGCAGACCAGUUUGUGCAGUACUCAACCUCACAGUCAGGCUUACGGUUUCACAAGACAGUGGGAUCCCUUGUUGACUCUCCUCACUCCACAGGAAUUCGUUUUACAGUAAAUCUGACAGCAACAUACCAGAGGAUUCUGGGUUUUGGAGGUGCUUUUACGGAUGCUGCUGGAAUAAAUAUAGAUUCCUUAGCUUUACAAGUAAAACAGAAUCUUAUGAGGUCCUACUUCUCAGUUGAUGGGAUUGAGUUUAACUUUGGCCGUGUUCCAGUGGCUGGCUCUGACUUCUCAACGCACACCUACACAUAUGAUGAUGUGCCAGGGGAUGCCAACUUUACACAUUACAAUUUGACUCUUGAAGAUUUCUUCUACAAAAUUCCAUUGAUAAAAGAAGCGCAACAGCUGAGCGAUCGAAGGCUCCACCUAGUGGCUGGUGCAUGGACAGCUCCUCCGUGGAUGAAAACAAAUGAUGACUACAGUGGGUUUGGUUUCCUGAAGGAUGAGUACUACCAGACCUGGGCUGACUAUCUUGUAAAAUUCCUUGAUGAAUACAAGAAACAGGGCAUAGAGUUCUGGGGCAUUUCAACUGGCAAUGAACCAAUAAAUGGAAUCCUCCCCGUGAAUAGGUUCAACUCGAUGGGCUGGACCCCUCAUUCACAGAGACACUGGAUCAAGCAUCAUUUUGGACCAGCUCUGAAGAAGUACCACUGCAGUGUGAAACUACUUGCUCUUGAUGACCAGCGUUUCAUGUUGCCGUGGUGGAUAAACAUUCUCAUGUCCGAUAAACAAGUAGCAGAGUACAUAGAUGGCAUUGCAGUUCACUGGUACUGGGACACCCUCUUCCCACCCAGCCUUUUGGACCGCACACACAACAACUUUCCUGACAAGUUCAUCCUUGCAACGGAAGCUAGUGUCGGUGAUAAACCAUGGGAAUUUGAGAAAGUGAAGCUUGGUUCCUGGAGUCGGGGAGAGUCAUACAUGGAAGACAUUCUAGAGGAUCUGAACCACUGGGUGACCGGCUGGAUUGACUGGAAUCUUGCCCUCAAUCCCCAGGGCGGCCCAAACUGGGCCAGAAAUUUUGUCGAUGCAGCAAUCAUUGUUAACACAUCGGCCAACGAGUUCUACAAACAACCAAUGUUCUAUGCUCUGGGCCACUUUGCAAAGUUCCUUCCAGAGGGCUCUGUUCGCAUUGGGCUGCAGCCACAAGAGGAGAAGGGUGUUUUGGCUGUAGCUUUUCAGACACCUGACAAUGCUGUGAUAAUAAUUUUGUACAGUAGGUCAGAUUAUGAUAGAAGAGUCACUGUAACAGUGUCUGACACGAGGCACAUCAACUUGGAUAUUCCAAAACGUUCUUUCCACACAGUCAUUACUGGAAAGGUGAACUGAGACUAUUAAUAUUCAGAUCCUUUGUCCUCCUCAUAGAGAAAGUAAACAAACACAUCCCCAUGUGGCGUGUGCACAACUUCCUUGUGUUGUAUCAACAUGGUGGCUGCAACUCCAUAAGCUAAGCAAGGGAUACCUGCAGUGAACAAAACACAUGAAAUUGAAGAUGCUGUUUCAUGCUGUGCCUUACAGUACUGUCAGGCAUCAUAAUGACUGGAGGACUGUGGUGCUGAUGAGAAUUUCUCAGAUAAGAGUCAUGUACCUUUAUCCUACACGGAGGUGUGCCUGAUGUAACAGACAAUACAUGUGAACUCUCCUGUGAGGCACUUCACCCUGAAGAUGGAAACUGGUACUUUCUCCAAAACAGCUUUACCAUAAUGGUAAGUGCAAUUGCUGUAGCCUCCAAGUGACAGGUGGAGAUAUACACAGGAUACACAUUAUUCUGGCAGGAGAACUUCCUGACAGAUGUUAAAAUAGGUGAAAGUGGUUAUAUUAUAAUUGAUGGUUAUGUUAAUUGAAUUAAACUAGCUCAGUAUAAGAUGCGAAGGUUAACUUUUACUGUGAUGGUCAUAAACAUUCUUAUUCUUGAAAUUGUUUAAUUGCAUUGGUAUUGAUGAAGUUUGAAUUACUGUGUUGUGUGUUGAUUGGAUGACACCUGACUUAGCAGCUGAUUUCUGUUACAUAACAUUCAUACCAUUCAAUGCACAAAGAAAUUUUUCACACAGUGUUAUAAUUCACAAAACUGCAUUCCCAAAUUGGAAACAUUUCACUCUUUGUCUGCAAAUUAUUUUAUUUUUCAGAUAGAAAUGACCUUAACAAAAAAUCAGGUUAAUUUCAAAGUGUUUCAUGAUAUAAAUUUUCAGUAUCAUAUAGUAAAUAUUUCCAGUGUUGCUCCUGCCUCAAAUGUUUGUUAAGUGAUUGAAUGUAAGAAGAUGGAGGUUGAGUUCUAGUGGCAUGACUGAACUAUACCCAAUAAGAAUUGUCCAGUCUCUUAACAAGUCUUUCAAGGGAGAGAGUAUGUAUAUAAAAAAUCUUAACAUUACAUGAUUUUUCUUGAAAACUGUC